GCAGGCCAUGUUCCGAUCCCACGAACACGUCAGCCUUUCGUGUCGGCUCAUCCCACCUCCAAGGAAAGAAAGGGUAACGCAAACGCGCCGCGACAGCGUGACACACGCGACCGACCGACCCUCGGACGGUGGGCCGUCCCGCCGCUCCAUCACCGCCGUCCGCCGAGGCGAGAGCCCCGGUCCACGCCGGUUGCCUCCUCCCUCCCUCUCCAUCCCUAUCCGGUUGCGUCCGGCACUCCGCCAGCGCCAGUGGCCCGCCGCGGCCCUAUUUAUACGCCACGACCCAGCCGAGCAGAGCAGAGCACGCACUUUCCUUCCAAGUUCCCCCCAUUCCCACGGACAGGCACACCGACCCACGCGCAUCUCGCCGCCCGCCCGCCCGCCCGCCCGCCCGGGGAGCUCCGCCGAUCCGCUCGCCCGCCCGCCCGCCCUCCCUCCGCGCCCGCAAACGAUGGAGGAAGCCAAGGUUGUGGAGACCAGGGAUGGGACUAUCUCAGUUGCCUCCGCGUUUCCCGGUCAUCAGGAAGCCGUACAAGAUAGGGAUCACAAGUUCUUGUCGAAAGCGGUAGAAGAGGCUUACAAAGGAGUUGACUGUGGACAUGGAGGCCCAUUUGGUGCGGUCGUCGUCCGUAAUGACGAAGUAAUAGUCGGUUGCCAUAACAUGGUUCUGAACAACACCGAUCCAACUGCACAUGCUGAAGUCACUGCAAUAAGAGAGGCUUGCAAAAAGCUUGGAAAGAUUGAGCUGUCGGAUUGCGAAAUGUACGCAUCAUGUGAACCUUGCCCAAUGUGUUUUGGGGCUGUUCAUCUAUCCCGGAUCAAGAGGCUGGUGUAUGGAGCCAAGGCAGAAGCUGCUAUUGCCAUUGGAUUCGACGACUUCAUUGCUGAUGCUCUGAGAGGAACUGGGUUCUACCAGAAGGCCAACAUGGAGAUUAAGCGAGCCGAUGGGAAUGGAGCCCUGCUUGCUGAACAAGUCUUUGAGAACACCAAAGAGAAGUUUCGAAUGUACUAAUAUGUAGCAACGACAUGGUAGAAUUUUACAUCAUGAAAGACCUUGAUGCUCAGAAAUAAUAAUGUAAUUGUCAACAUUGUCAUUGGCCAUGGACUACAAACUAUCGAUUUGAAUAUACCAUUUGAUUUAUCAUUA